CACCCCAUUUCUAGUGAAUAUGAAGUCUCCCUUGUCGAGGCCCACGAAUUGUCCACGGGCCCACUCUCGAUUCUCAUGACUGCUACCCGCACACACACCCAAGUACUAAUCUCGUGUCGAAACAACCGAAAGCUACUCGCGCGAGUCAAAGCCUUUGACCGCCACUGCAACAUGGUACUGGAGAAUGUGAAGGAGAUGUGGACGGAAAAGGGUAAGGGGGGCGCCAAAGGAGUUAACAAGGACCGGUUCAUCAGCAAAAUGUUUCUGAGGGGAGACAGUGUUAUUUUGGUAUUGUUGAGUUGA